UUAACUAUGAAAUAUUAAAAAGAAAAGCAGAGCCCACCACAGCUUUCCAUGCAGGGCUUGCCAACCAAUCAGAGAGAGGGAGGAAGAACGGGACAAAACUACACUUCCCAGAAAGCCUGCGGGCUCCAUUCCUCCUUGAUUACAAGAUGUCUACCUUCGGCAGAAUGGUAACAUAUAUAAAAACUGCAUGGGGCAAGGAGCCAGUGAUCGUAAGCUCCGUAGUCAUUGCAAUUGUGGCUGUAACACUGCCAUUGGUGAGCCCCUAUACCCGUUACACCGCAUUAAUGAACGAGCGCAUGCCAUAUCACUACCCAGUGCCAGUUCGAGAUGAUGGUAAUAUGCCAGAUAUUCCUGCUCAUCCCUGUGACAAGGAGGGUGAAGUUGAUUGGCUGAAGAAAUGAGAACCUGCAGAGUGCAGAUCUCCCCACAAGGUUCCCCUGCCUUGGUUGUACAUGUGUUUCUUCCCAGGGGCAAUAAAUUUCCUCUUCUAUCUAAAA